AUGUGGCAUAGUCAACGUGCGCUGCUUGUAGGCGGGGCCCGUCGCACAUUGGCCUCGUCUGUCUCCACGCAGGCGGCAGUUGCUGCCACAGCCAUGCUUUUCCAGGCACGUUUUGCUAGCGGUAGCACUAACCCGUACAAAGUGCUUGGCAUCAAGCAGGGUGCGACGAAGCAGGAUAUCAAAAAGGCCUACCGCGUGCUUGCCCGCAAGCACCACCCCGACGCGCCGGGCGGCUCACAUGAGAAGUUUCAAGAGAUUCAGGCGGCCUACGAGCAGGUGAAGAGCGGUAUCUGGAUCAAGAAGGAUGCCGACGGAAACUCCGCAGAUGCGCAGGGGGGCGCCGACGGCGGCAACCGUUACAGCAAUUUCCGCUUCACAACGCGUCAGCACAAGAGCAAAGUUAGUUACGACGAGUUCUACGAAGAGAUGCACACAGGGAAGGUGAAGAAAAACCCCUUUGGCGACGAUGAGGCGGAGGAGGCGGCGUCGAAGGAUCCCCGUCGUAACCCAUUCGCCGGGAAUGAGGCUCUUGUCCAGGCGUGGUUCCGCUUCAUCAUUCUUUGGUCCAUCGUCUUUGUAUCCCUGCGCACGACGCUCUUUUUGUCCUUCCCACCCAAGUACGAGAAUGCGCGGAGGGCGCCCAUGCCGGAGCAUCCACGCAAGCCACCACCUCCCAAACCGCUGAUGCACAACUCCUUGGUGGCUUGA